UUGAGUUGGCUCUUGCACACUUGACACGUCCAUAGCGCUUGAAUGUGCAAUGGCAAUGGCGGGUGGCAUGCAAAGUCUAGGUGCUGCAACGGCAGAUGGCCCUCCAAGUGGCUAUGAGCCUCUCUCGCAGGGGCCAAUGGGCAUGGGCGGGACUGGCGGUGGCGGUGGCGGUGGCGGUGGCGGCUCCAUGGCCGCAGUUUCUCAGCUUUUUACCAGACUAGCGCAGGAGAUAGAGGAACAAAAGCCAAAGAAUUGCAUCCAUUUCGUCGUCGACUUCCUGUGCAAGCACUAUCCAGAGCAUUUGCAUGGCUUUGCCUCCAUUUGGCAGAUGGACCCCGACCUCGAGCGAGAGCGGCAUGAGGUUGUGAACUUCUUCAAGGCUCACAAGAUCUCAACGGCUGUGGCAGCCCACUUCACCAACGCAGGGUAUGACACAUUGGACACCUUGACCACAUUGUCGCCUGAUAGCCUAGUGGACGUGGAGGCUUUCAACAAUGUCAAAUGGCUGCCUGGGCACAAGGUGCGACUUCAGCAGAUCUUCAGCGAGAUUUCUGCGAGAGUUCGUGCGUAUCGGCAGCAAUAUGGUGAGAGUGCGCAUCCACGCAGACAUCAUCAAGCUCAAAGCCAGCACAACCGGAAUCACUCGAACUCGGUAGACAGAAGGCAUGACUCGCCUCCUCCAAAUUAUCAUCGCCCCACGUAUUCGCAACCUGAGUCCUACUCGGCACACCCACAUCAGUCCGUAGCACACCAUGGUCAUGACUCACCGCCACAACGCCAUCACGUUGGCCUAGCUCAUCAUCCGCAAGCUGGCCAUGUAUCGCCGGUGGUGCACCCACAUGUUUCUUAUGCGCCUGCGCAUCAUCAGGCGACCUCCGAGCGCCAUGUAGCAUUUACUGGUGGCUUCAGUGGAGGCUAUGUUGGCGGAUUUGCUCCUCCACAGACAGCAGCGCCCCACGUGCCAACUCCGCACGCAGGGCCAGGUGCUCAAGGUAUGAGCAUAUCUCCCGGGCUUCCCAACCCGUCUGGGAACAUCUUCUUGGCCAACAAUUCUCUCCUUCCUCCGACUUAAAGUUCCGUGCCCUCGCCAUAGCCAAAGUCAGAAGGGCCC